AUGACCAAGUUUAACCAAUCUGAAGGUGUAACAUCAGAAUAUGAGAUUGAAGAAGAUGAUCAUCAUCAUACCCAUAGACCCUUAUUCAGAAUCAAAUACCGAUCAAACUCCAUAGUGAGUACAAAUUUUUCAGAUACAGGAUCGAUUUCUGAAGGGUUACCAACAAUUAAAGUAUUGGGGACUGGAGGAACUAUAGCAUCCAAGGGGGCCACAGCACAUCAGACCGCUGGGUAUGAAGUCGAUUUGACGAUUGAAGAUCUUAUCAGCACGAUUCCUGAUCUUUCUACUACUUGUAACUUGGAGUAUGAACAGGUACUUAAUGUUGAUUCUAAAGAAAUGGGUACCCCAGAGCUUUUACUUUUACAUCUGAAAAUUAUUGAAGAUUUAUCUAAAUAUGAUGGAUUUGUCAUUACUCAUGGUACUGAUACUAUGGAAGAAACUGCUUUUUUUCUUCAAUUAACUGUAAAUACCAAUAAACCAAUUGUAUUAUGUGGAUCAAUGCGUCCAUCUACUGCGAUUUCUUCAGAUGGACCAAUGAAUUUGUAUCAGGCCAUUGUCAUUGCAGCCAAUAGAUCUUCACGUGCGCGUGGGGUUUUGGUAGCACUCAACGAUCGAAUUGGAUCUGGAUUCCAUAUCACCAAAUCAAAUGCAAAUUCAUUGGAUACAUUCAAAUCAAGUAAUAAUGGAGAUUUAGGUCAUUUUGUCAAUAAUGAAAUUCAUUAUUAUUUCCCACCAGCUAAACCUUUAGGGAUUACUUAUUUCCACCUCACCGCAGGUUCGACCCUCCCGGAGGUUCCAAUUAUAUACGCACAUCAACAACUUAAUAAUAGACUUAUACAAUUGGCUAUAGAUGAAUUAGAAGCUGAAGGUUUGGUGUUUGCUACUAUGGGUGCUGGUUCCUUAAGUGCUAAAACCAAUGAUUUUACUGGAAGAUUAGCACAUUCAAGAGGCAUUCCAAUUGUUUAUUCUAAACGUUCUCAAGAUGGAAUGGUACCAAAGGCGUCACUUCCAGUACAAUUUGAAGCUGAAGAUGGUACAAAAUCACCAUUUUUAAAUAAUAUUGCUGGAGGGUACCUUAAUCCACAAAAGAGUAGAAUUCUUCUUCAAUUAUGUUUACGUGAUAGAAUGAAUAUUCCGCAGAUUAAGGAUUGUUUCAAGGGGGUUUAUGGAGGUUAA